CUAUCCACGCGUAAUUUCCGGUCUUGAAAUAAUGAUGGCGACCUCCAUCGACCGUGGUGUGUGACAGUACGGUCGGACAAAUCAACAAGAAUUUUGUGGUUAUCUCUUUGCAUUUUAUCCCAGUGUAAUUUACAAACAUCGUAUGACUUUAAGUAUUGAACAUGAACCUGCACAAAUUGCCCUUGCGAUUGCGUCCAUCAGUAACACAGAAAUUAAGACAUCUACACACAAGUAGAAAUGGCCAACAAUUGGAGGCGGUUGCUGUGGAGACGGCAUCAGCAGAGCCAAAUCGGCUUUCAGUCUUCAGAACUUCAGAGCAAGACCCAGCAUGCCAUUCAAAUCAACAUGCUGGGCAAUACUACACCCUUCCUCAGACUCACAUCCCCACACUUUUCCCUCAUGGACUGCCUCCACGGUUCCAGUUGCAGAUGAAGACAUUUAAUGAAGGCAGUGUGAUGGUGAGGCAUCCAGCACUGGAGCUUAUCUCAUAUCUUAAAAAAGCUGACUACAGCAACCCUGCUCUUCGUUAUGUACUUUAUGGACUGACCGGUUCGGGAAAGACCAUGUCAUUGUGUCAUGCCCUGCAUUACUGCUACACUCAGGGCUGGCUCAUCCUGCACAUACCUGAUGCACACCUGUGGGUAAAGAACUGUAAAGAGCUGCUGCCUUCUUCUUCCCGCCCUUCACGUUUCGAUCAGCCACUCCAGGCAUCUCAAUGGCUAAAGAACUUUAAAAUGACCAAUGAGCGCUUUUUAUCUAAGAUAAAGACAACACAACGUUAUGUGUGGACAAAGAGAGAAAGUACUGAGGAAGGACGACCUUUAGGGGAGCUUGUUGAUCAGGGUGUAAAUCGAGUUAAAAGCAGUAGUGAUGUGGUGGGUGCGGUGAUGCGAGAGCUGAGGCUACAAGCAAGUGCAGAGGGGACCUUUAAACUGGCUGUGGCUGUGGAUGGAGUAAAUGCUUUGUGGGGCAAAACAUCUCUUAAGAAAGAGGACAGGACCGUGUGUGAGCCGGAGGAACUGACUCUGAUUCAUAAUCUGAGGAAGAUGUUGAAAAACGAUUGGAGUGGAGGUGCCAUUCUCACAGCUAUGUCCCAGACAGGGUCACUUUUCACACCACGGUCUGCUUACCUUCCCGCAGAGCUACUAGGAGAGGAAGGGUUUGAUAAUAUGGAACCAUUUGUUCCCAUAUCUGUUUCCACCUACGAUGAGAAGGAGUUUGAGAGCUGUUAUUUGUACUAUUUAGAUCGCAACUGGCUGCAGCAUCCACACAGUUUAACUGAAGAAGGAAAGAAAGAGCUCAUCUUUCUCAGCAACAAAAAUCCAUCCAUCCUGGAAAGAUUGUGUGCUUUUUUGUAAUGAACUUGUCUCUUUUUCUUUCAUGCACCUGUAAAUCAUGUGAAUUCCUCAAUAAACUAUUAUAAGCAUGCAGCAUAUUUCAUAAUAAAAAUGUUACUGUACAAAAA